AUGCCGGUGCCCAUGGCCACGACCUCCGGUAAGGGACAGCGGACGCCGUUCUUCCCAAAGGCAGACGCAGCCAUCCUGUCGGCGAGGCACGGCCCGCUGCCAACCUACCCCAAGGCCGUCGCGCCAGUCUACGAUCCCAACAACUUCAGCAAGCCGAUCGGACCAUGGCCUGCAAACGCAGAGGAGGAUUUCUAUCCUCCGGCCAAGGAGGAGUUUGCGCCGGCGUCGGUUCCCGAGAAGCCCGCGGCGUGUCUCUCAGAUCGGUAUCUGCGCGCCUUCCUGGCUGAGAAUGAGCGUCUCCGCUGUUGCAUGCUCUGGUAUUAUACGCGCGACUUGCUCGACGAGACCGAGUUCCUGUCUGGGCUUCGGGAGAAGACGUCGUUGGCUCAGGAGUCGACGGGCUGGGAGUUUGUGGUCAUCGGCAUCCUCGACGUCAACUUUUACAUUCGCCUAGCCUCGAUAGGCCUCCCUCUGGCCAUCCUUCCGCGCGGAGAGACGAUAUGUGCGCAUACUGUCACUCAGCCGCCCGGUAGUGUGUUUCUGCUGCCAAACAUGAUGGAAGACUGGCGGUUUAGAGAGUCACCAUACGUCGAGUCCGGUGGGCUCAAGGCGUAUGCCGGGGCGCCGCUUCGCCUGCAAAACGAGUCGGGCGAGUGCGUCGCCCUUGGGUCGCUCUGCGUCGCGUCGAGGACGAGCCAAGAGCCGUUGACCCGAUUGCAGCAACAGACGCUCGCCCGCCUGGCCGACUGGGUCGUGUCCGACAUUGUGCAAUGCGCGAGGGCAAGACGACAGCGCGACCGGCGCCGAAUGGCGGAACUUGUCUCUACAGCGCAAGUGGAGUCUGACAGAACAGUCUCCGAAGAGCCGGUCCUUCGAGCGCUGAGAACAAUGUAUCCAGAUGCGACGGUCAGCGUGCAACCGUCCAAGGGCGACCAUGUCGACAUUGACAGCCACGGCCCGAUACCCGUGGAAGACCUGGAAGACGGGCUGUGGGAAGACACCUGCUACCUCGACGACUUCAUCGCCAAAUCGAACAACCAGGAACUGCCGUCGACGAGGGCGGUGCGUGCCAUUACCGCCCCAUGCGAGAGCGUUUCGGGUGCCUCUUUUGUCGUCGUUGCGUCCAGGGACUUUCGGCUGGUGUUUGACGAUGUCGAUUCCUGGUUUGUGCAGACGUGCGCAAAUAUGGUCUCCCAAAUAUGGCAUAAGCGCCUCCUCGGCGAAGCCAUGAAGGCGAAAGAGAAGUUCCUGCGGGGAUUUUCCCACCAGCUGCGAACCCCGAUACACGGCAUCCUCGGCUCGGUGGAACUGUUAGCUGAGGAGCUCAUGUCCCGAGCAUUACCGGACUUGAGCUCUUCGACCAAGUCGGGCGAAUCCACCAUCUAUCUCGACUCCAUCAGGUCCUCCGGGCGGGAUCUCAUGUCCAUCGUCAACAACAUGAUUACCCUGAACAGGUGGGCCGACAUUGCCAUGACGAAUCGACACUAUGCGCAGCACACGACAUCAGCUCUCGAGGCGGAGCUGGAAGGCGGAAUACUGAAGGCGAUUUCGGGUGAUACACGCUCUGGGGUGUCGCUAUUCUUUUGCCGCGACAUGCCCCGGGAUUAUGACAGCUUCCGGAUCGACCUCGACCUACUUCGCGACAGUUUGCUCCCACUCAUCAUAAACGCCAUGCAGCACACUUCAGAAGGCGUGGUCGCGGUAACAGUGUCGCUUCGGCCGGAUUCUAAGGAGCUCAUCGUCGACGUCGAAGACACUGGCUGUGGCAUUGAGGCUGCCGACCAACAGCGCAUAUUUGAGCCUUACGAAAAGGUUCAAAUGCAUUCGGCAGGCGCUGGCUUGGGCCUGACUCUGGCGUCAAAAUUCGCCGCUCUGCUCCACGGAUCUGUCGCGCUGGUAUCGUCCCAAGUUGGUCGCGGCUCGCAUUUCAGAGCGACCUUUCGAGAUGUCGAGUGCACCCCCUCGACUUUGCCAUCGCCCCUCCUUUCCGAGAAACUAAAGAGCUUGCCGCCCAAGUUCUACUGCAGGGCGUCCAGCUCGGACGGCGUUUCAUUGUGCGACUGCUUUGCACGAUUCUUGAUCAGCCAAGGCUUCACUCGGUCGGACAGUAUCGACGACGAGCACUUUGUUGUUCUUGAUCUUGAAGGCGAUGAAGAAGGGCAACGCUCUCAAUUGUCACGGAUUCCAGAGGACCGAAUCGCCAUCUGUCUGGUCCCGUUCUCGGAACGAGGGGAGCGCUCGGAACAGACACGCGAUAACAUACUUUACGUUGAUGGGCCUUUUCUAACGUCGAGGAUGGUCUCGACGCUGGAAGAAGCGGAUAAGCGCCAGUCAUCAGUGAGGGCACAGCAUGCACAGCGGCUGAGCCCCGAUGAACCCGCAGCGACGACUCCUCCCAGUGGAGGCACAGGCCUGAGCACAAACGGAGAGACCAAGACCUUGGUACUCCUGCAGAAUCCAGUGCCUCAAUUUCCCGCGGAAGUCGCUCCUGGUCUCGAAUCCAUGGUGCCGGCAAAGAAGGUCGGAGAUGCAGAAACUACUGGAGAAUUGCCGUCAGUUGCUCCGACUCUGCUCCCUCUCACAGUCUCAAAACCGGCAGCGCUGCUUGUUGAUGACAAUGUCGUCAAUCUGCGCAUCAUGCAGAUGUACUGCAAGAAGAGGGGACUUCCGUACUUCUGCGCCGCGGACGGUAGGCAAGCCGUGGAGAUGUUCAGUAAGCAGCAGUCGCUGGCGGCCUCCGGCGAGGGCCCAGGGAUACAGCUGAUCCUCAUGGACCUGCAAAUGCCGGUCUGCGACGGCUUCGAAGCGACGCGGCAAAUAAGAGAACUGGAGAGGCAGAACAAGUGGACGACGUCGGUCCUGUUCAUCGUUACCGGCCAAGACAGCCCGAGCGACAGAAAGGCUGCGGACGAAGUCGGCGCCGACGAUUACUAUGUCAAGCCAGUGGGUAUCAAGUUACUGGAUCGGGGCGUGAAGCAAUACUUUCCAGCGUUCGAGGUUUAG